ACGUGUGUGUUUAUUGCGACAGCGUGCAUGAAUGCCGGGGUUGUUUCCUUACAAACAGGAGGUCCGAGAUGCGUCUGCAUGCAGCCUCUCUCUGCGGGUCCCAUCUGACAGCGGAAGCCCUCUGAGACCAGGACUGGGCUGCUGUAGUCUUCCCAGCAUUCUCUUGGAUCAGAUCAUCCUGGCUUGGGAUUUCAUUGGUUUUGCUUGGUUCAGAUUGCCCUGGUGCGGUCAGGACUGUUUUAGCAUCGGUCUGGACCGAAUGUGGAUCAAUCCGGAUCGGUUUUGGGCUGGUUCCGAGACAUCAGGUCGAACCGAGGCCAAUCAAGACUGGUUUAGGUACAUGUGGGAACCAGUUUAAAUGUCUCUGCAUGAGUUUCUUCGGGAGGGCCAGGACGCCCCACAGCGGAUCCUGUCCCGACUGACCCAGCUCCUCUACAACCUAUCGGCUACGGUCUUACAGGGGGCCCCCUUCUCUCCUUUCACAACCUUCAGCCGCAAGAGCUCCUGGAGGGACUGGAACGAUGAGAUUAUGCAGCAUGAGAGCAGUCCUCUGUAUGCUGCAGACAUCAGCCCAGACCUCAGGAAACAAUUCGCCUUCCUGUCAGGUGGCCGAGGACAGAAUGGCAGCCCCAUCAUUAUAUUCCCAGAGUACCCGGCGUUUGGUGAGCUGGAGGAACAGGAGUUUCUCAACGUGCUGACGUACCUGACUAGCGUUCCCAGUCUCAGCUCAACGGGGGUCGGCUUCAUCCUGGUCAUUGACCGGCGGCAAGACAGAUGGGCAUCAGUGAAGGGGACGCUGCUGCGGAUCGCGGGCUCUUUCCCAGGCAACCUGCAGCUGGUGCUGGUACUGAGACCCACAGCACUCUUCCAGCGGACAAUCUCAGACAUCUUUUUUAAGUUAAACAAGGAUGAGUUUAAAAUGAAGGUGCCGGUGAUCAUGCUCAGCUCUGUGACUGAGCUCCACAGUUACAUCGACCGCACACAGCUCACUCAGGAACUGGGCGGCACACAGGAGUACUGCCACGAGAAAUGGAUUUCACACCGCACCGCCAUUGAAGGUUUUGCUCUGAUGGUGAAGAAAACAGCACAGACUCUCCAGUCUUUUGGGACUGAGCUGGCAGAGACAGAGCUGCCCAAUGACGUUGAGGCCACGUCCAACCUUCUAACCGUCCACACGGAUAAGAAGGACAAAAUGAAGGAGGACUUGAGGAUCGCUCUCUGUCAGGGAUCACAAAUUACAAAGAAAGUAGAUGAGUUGGGUGAAGUAUUCUUUCACUCAAGAAGUGUUUUCAUCUCUGUUUCUAGGUUGCUUGGUCAGUUAGAUGAGACUGAAACAGCAUUUGAUGAUUUUUGGGAUAAACAUCAAACCAAGCUUGAGCAAUGUCUACAACUGCGGCAUUUUGAGCAGAACUUCAGGGAGGUCAGAGCUCAUUUAGACAUGGUGUAUGACAGACUAUCAGGCUUCUCAGAGAUCGGAAUUAGCCCUGCCCAUGUUGAACAUAUCUUGAAAGAGCUGACCAAUCAUGAAGAGAGAGCAUGUGAGGUGUUGGACCGAGCGCUGACUCUAGCAUGUGAUGCUGACCAGCUGAUUGAAGCGUCUCAUUAUGCUGUGGACUCCAUCCUCCCCAAAUGCUCUGAGCUGCGGGCUGUGUGCGAGGAGAUCAGCAGCAUCCUCAAGGCCAAGAAAGCCUAUCUGCUCAAAGCCAUGGAGCUACACCAGUGUCUAGAGAAGGCCACUAAAUGGUGUGAUGAUGGGAUCUACCUGCUGGCAUCUCAACCUGUGGAUAAGUGUCAAUCACAGGAUGGGGCGGAGUCAGCGCUGCAGGAGAUUGAGCGUUUCCUGGAAACAGCCAAUCAGCACAAGCUAACAGAUUUGAGUGGAAUUUGGAGGGACUAUGAGUCGGUGCUCACACAAGACUUCAGGGAUCAGGUGGACAAAGUGUUUCAGAAGCAGCUGUCCAUGCAGGAAAUGUUUGAGAAGAGGAGGGUCAGUCUGAAGAAGUUAGCAGCCAAACAGACACGACCCGUGCAGCCCGUUGCCCCACGUCCUGAGGCCAUCAUCAAAUCACCCAUCUCUUCUCCAGCUCAUAGGGAGAAGACGAUAGAGGGUGAUAUCAUAAAUGGAAACUGCAGAAAAGGAGAGAUACACUUACAGAAUGAUGGCAGCAGACACCCGUCUGUCUCUGAUGAAGAGGAGAACUUUGCUGUGCUUAGACGGCAUGUGAUGAACGAGCUGUUGGAGACGGAGCGAGCGUAUGUGGAGGAGCUGCUGUGUGUGCUGGAGGGUUAUGGAGCAGAAAUGGACAAUCCUGCCAUGGCUCACCUCAUCCCCAAUACACUGCUUCACAAGAAGGACAUCCUCUUUGGGAAUAUGCCUGAGAUAUACCAGUUCCACAAGAAGACUUUUCUUCGUGAACUGGAAGCGUACACAGACUAUCCUGAGCUUGUGGGCCGGUGUUUCUUGGAGAGAAUGACGGAUCUGCAGAUCUAUGAGAAGUACUGUCAGAACAAGCCUCGCUCCGAGUCUCUAUGGAGACAGUGCUCUGACUGCGCUUUCUUCCAGGAGUGUCAAAAGAAACUGGAACAUAAGCUUGGUUUGGACUCGUACCUGCUCAAACCAGUGCAGAGAAUAACCAAAUACCAGCUCUUACUGAAGGAACUGCUGAAGUACAGUAAAGGCUGUGAGGGUGAGGAUGACCUGCAGGAGGCGCUCUCAUCUAUUCUGGGCAUCCUGAAAGCUGUGAAUGACUCCAUGCACCUUAUCGCCAUCACUGGAUAUGAAGGCAACCUCAGUGAUCUGGGACGUCUGAUGAUGCAGGGGUCGUUCAGCGUGUGGACGGAGCAUAAGAAGGGUCACGCGAAGGUGAAAGACCUGGCUCGCUUCAAGCCCAUGCAGAGACACCUGUUCCUGCAUGAGAAAGCUCUGCUCUUCUGUAAGAAACGAGAGGAGAACGGAGAGGGUUAUGAGAAAGCGCCUUCAUACAGCUUCAAACACUCACUCAGUAUGAGUGCUGUAGGUAUUACUGAAAAUGCAAAAGGAGACAACAAAAAGUUUGAGAUCUGGUGUAAUUCUCGAGAGGAGGUGUACAUUGUACAGGCGUCGACACCAGAGAUCAAAACAGCAUGGGUGAACGAGAUCCGGAAGGUUCUAACGGGGCAACUAAAGGCCUACAGAGAAGCACGGCAGCAGAAGAGCUCGGAUCAGAUCUCACAGUUAACUCCCACCAGCACCAGCCUAACCCUGAGCCCCUUCAAGACCAACCCAAAGACCCUCAAGAAAGGAGAAGAGAAGAAAACUGAACCCACAGCAGCAGAUCCCAGUACAGCUGUCUCACUUAAAAAUAACGACAAGGUCAAAGACGAGACUGUCACCAGUCCCAACACUGAGAGAGCUGCAGUGGCUAAAAAGCGUUUUACACUGCAGGGCUUCAGUAACCUCAAGAGUCAAAAAGGAUCAUCCCCCCCUAGUCCUGACCACAAAACUAAAAGACAUGAGAUUAAGAGUGAUCCUACACCGUUUGGCUUUAGAGGCUUCUCCAAGGCAUCGCUGUCUGUGGACGCGUCUGAGGAGAACGACGGUUACUCGAGUGCCGAGGAUCCCAUGAACUCUGAUCCUGAGGAUGAGGGAGGGAAAAAGCUGUCUCCAGGCAGGUACGUGGUAGUUGCUGACCAUGACAAAAACGGACCACAGGAGCUGACGGUUAAGAGCGGAGACUCAGUGCAGCUGGUGAGAGAGGGAGACGAUGGACGCUGGUUUGUACGUAAUCUGCGGACCAAUAAGGAGGGCUGGGUCCCUGCUGCAAACCUGCUCACUCUCAUCGGAGAAUCCAAAUCUUCUCAAUCCCUCUCCAGCUCAGAAGGCAGUGGGUCUGGAAACCUCAGCACAUCCUCCAGCUGCAGUGAAACCUACACAAGCUUCUCAGACAUCAAAGCCUGAAGCUGCUGCUCCACUGCCUUGUGGCAGCUCCUACACAGUGCGCUUUCUACUGAAGCUCCUCGAGUCUUUGUACUGUAUUUAACCUCGUCACCCGAGAAAGGAAUUGACCUCUGCGGUCAAUAUGCGCUAUUCAGGAUAUUUUAUAUAGAGCGUCACACUUUCGCAACCUUCUCUCCUUCAUAAGAGAGAGGAAAAAGGUCAUUCAGUGUCUGCUGUUCCCCGUGGAAAUUCUCCUUUACUUUGAAAGUAUCAGUGUGAUGCUGUUUGUUUCACGUCUGCAUGCAUUUCCUCAAAGAUUAAAAGAGAAAAGGGCUCUUGGUAGAGUCGGCAUUAACAUCAGAGCAGCCUGCGGUUUUAAAAGUCUUUAAAUAUACAUAAAAAGGACUCUCAUUGGAUUUUAAUGUAUGACCACAUGAGCUUCCACUGGUUUUAUUGAUCUUGCGCUGAGAAUAUCAGUGUCUUUUUGGAAUGUCUGACUUUGUUGGCGUCUAAAGCUUCUGUCUGAUUUGCUGUAGCAGCAAGACAAUGAAAUGAUGUUUUAUACAAUAAAGAUUAUUGAGGUUAUGCCUGCUGAAAAGUCCUGUUAUUCACUGUAUGUAUUAAUCUAAAACAGCUGUAUAGUUUAAAUUAUUUCCUGUAAAUUAUUUCCUGUAAAAGAAGAUUUGUACAGAUAACUUUUAUCUCAUGUUUUUCAUUAAAACAGUAUAUAUAUAUACAUAUUGUAUAUUAUGACCACUAUUGUUGUGUGUCAAUGAAAUGUAUUUCAUUGUAUUUUGUUGUAUUUGUCACUUUACUGUUCUGCACCAUUCAUGUACAAUUAUUGCAAUUGAAA